CUACCAAAUACAAAAUUAUUGUUUUAUCUCACAAACAAUGACUUGAGGUAACCCCUCCAGACUUCCAGUAGCUAUAACGCUUGCUUCCAAAUUGGAGGGGGAAAGAAUUGGUUUUUCACAGAACGGAUCCAUGGCCAACAGGUACGCAGUAGUGACGGGAGGGAACAAAGGGAUUGGAUUCGAAAUUUGCCGGCAGCUGGCUUCUUGUGGAAUCCUAGUAGUAUUGACAGCCAGAGAUGAGAAGAGAGGCCUCCAAGCCAUUGAGGACCUCAGACUCAAGUAUGGCGUCUCCUCCGACAACAUCGUUUUCCAUCAACUCGAUGUGGCAGACAGCUCCAGUAUCUCUCGUCUCUCAGACUUCAUCAAAACCCAGUUUGGGAAACUUGACAUUCUGGUGAACAAUGCUGCGAUUGCUGGAUGCAUUUGGCGAGAGGAUGUGCUGAAAUCUGUGCCCUUGGAGAAGAUCAGAUGGGAUGAGGUUACGAUUAACACUUACGAAUUGGCUGAGGAAUGCCUCCAAACAAAUUACUAUGGCGCAAAAGAAAUGAUCCAAACAUUCUUGCCUUUACUUCAGUUAUCUGAUUCCCCCACAAUUGUUAACGUUUCCUCUGGAGCAGGCAAUCUUAAGAAUGUGAAGAACCAAUGGGCAGAAUCAGUGCUGGGAGAUGCUGAGAAUCUGAGUGAGGAAAGAGUGGAACAAGUGCUGAAGAAGUUUAUGGAAGAUUUCAAGGAGGGUUUGUUGGAAACCAAGGGUUGGCCUUCUUUUUCCCCUGGUUAUGUUCUGUCCAAGGCAGCACUGAAUGCGUACAGUAGGAUCAUGGCCAAGAAGUACCCAAGCCUGUGCAUCAACUGUGUGUGCCCUGGAUUUGUGAGGACAGAUAUCAACUUGCACACUGGUAACCAAACUCCUGAAGAAGGUGCUAAAUGUCCAGUGAAAUUGGCAUUGCUGCCUAGCGGCAGCCCUUCUGGCCGCUUCUUUAGUGGGACGGAGGAGGCCCCCUUUUGAAUGAUAUGAAUCGGCUAAUUGUAUUUUAGAUGCAAUUAUUCAUAUCCAUUGAUGUUGUUGCUACUUACGUACGGUACGGUGAAACUUAGUAAUCGUUCUUUUUUUCGUCCAUAGCGGUAAUAAAUGAAUAUUAUUUAA